GCUUCUUUUGCUUUCUGAUUGUGAACCAGUGAAUUAUUUUUCUCGUAUUCGAAUGGAUCCGUGCCGAUAAAUUGCAAAGGUUGACGUUCGAUUGGUUGGGAAGGCCCGUUGAAAUUCGUAAUUCUUCGUCGUUGUUUUGCAUCGAAUUCAUCGCUCAAAUGACAUAGUUAUGGAGGAUAGUAUGAGUGUUAAAUCAAUGGAAUCAGUGGCAACAAGCGACGAAUAUGAAUUUGUAAAUGAGAAAGGCAAUGGAAAAGAACAAACUUUAAUUGAACCACCAAUGUUAAAAAUUGCCAACAAUGGCAACUUAGAAGAUCUACAAAAUAAUUUGCGCGAGGUCUUAACGGAGGACUCCAAAAUGGAAAGUAAUGACUACAAGAUUGUAAGCAGUGUACAACAAAACCAAACAAAGCCAAAAAAAGUGGGACACAGUAAGUUUUAUGUUGGCUCCUGUGUGAUUGCAUCGGAAAAACAAGACAUUAUGAAACCAGAAGAUUAUGUUGACGAAGAAAUAAAUUCUUUAGCCCACGAUCAACAAGAAUGCACCAUUUUCAAUGGUGUAACAUACUUGGGAUCAGCUGCAAUAAAUGCACCAAAGUUGGAAUGUGAAAUACAGCGCAACAUGAACAUACUAAAUGCAGAACAGACUCCUAACUUAGGAAUCAAAGUUUCCGUUUCUAUACCUAGCAGUUCUCAAGGUUCUGUUGUUUUGUACGAUGCCGCUACACAACAGCCAAUUGCGCACUAUGAAGUGCAACGAAUCUUGUUUUAUGCUCGCGGUGAAAAUACUGGACCAUGCGCGGCAUGUUUUGCUUUCACUUGGUCUCACGGGGAUACAUUGGAGUCUGCCAUUUAUCAGUGUCAUGUUUUUCGAUGCGAUAUACCAGAAGCUGUGGGACAAGUUUCUGCUUGCUUUUCUAAAGCAUUUCACAGAAUACCACGAUCUAUGACCAGUUCUUUAACUGGAAGUGAUUUCAAUAGCUUUAGCAUUGGAAGUGAGAAAACCAACUCACGAGUAUUUAUUUUCGAAGUGACAAUGGAAAUAAAAGAAGAAGAUGGGAAGGGAAGCUUUAGUACAGUUCCUAAAGACAGAAAUUGUUUCAAACUUCGAAGUAAUAUAGCUAAACAGGUGUGCUUGAGUAUUCAGCAAGUAUCCAGUAAAGAAGGAGGAAUUACUCUUGAAGUUGAACGGUGCUUUGGAGUUCUUGUUAGUCCUGGUCGCAACGUUAAACACAGCGAUAUGAGAUUACUUGAAAUGCAAGUCAAUUCCGGCCCAACGAUACAAGAUAAACAAUGCUAUAACAUAUUUGGACAUUGGGAUCCGGCAGACCCAGCUUUGGAAACACUGAAUAUAGAAACUCCUAGAGAAGGAAAAAUCUUCAUGACAGUUGCUGUUGAUUUAGUAAUACGUGGUAUUCGAGAACCGGUUAGGUUUAUAAUAGAAACAUCGGUUAAGGUGUAUCCACAGAACGAGAGGUUCUGGUAUUUUAAUAAGCGAAACCUCGUACAACAAUUCUACCUGAAUUCAAAAGAGGUAAUAUCAGGGGUUGGAGUAGAAGUUCAUUACGAAGUACAAAGUAUAGAAACAUCAGGAGAAUUAGACAGAAACAGAUUAAACCUUGCCCUCAAUUUAGCGUCGCUGAUUCGUUCACCUUCUCUAACUAGUAUCGACACGCUUACACCCAAGGAAGAAAUCGAUUCAGAUGGGGACGAACCUAUGUUAAGCGGUACAGGCGAAGUGUCCAAAGAUUGUUCCGCGGAUGAGUUGGCUAAUUGGGCAGAAGUACUGGACAGUUGGCAAGUCAACGAACAACGUCCGAAACUUCUCAUAAAGCUUGCGAAACUGGGAAUCCCCGAAGCUCUACGUGGGGAGGUGUGGCAACGUUUAAGUAAUUGCGAUAAUUCGCAAGAGAUGAUGGAUAGAUAUAGAACUUUAAUUACUAAGGAGAGCAGUUGCGAAAGCGUCAUUUUACGAGAUAUUAACAGAACAUUUCCUGCCCACGACUUUUUCAAAGAAACCGGUGGUUUGGGACAAGAUUCUUUGUACAGAAUAAGCAAAGCGUACGCGGUUUACGACGAAGAAGUUGGAUAUUGUCAGGGACUUAGUUUUCUAGUUGCUAGUUUGCUGCUUCACAUGCCGGAGGAGCAAGCUUUUUGUGUUUUGGUUAAGUUGAUGUACGAUUACGGUCUGAGGGACUUGUACAAGGAUCGAUUUGACAAUCUUCAUAUGAGAUUUUACCAGCUUAAUAGAUUAAUAGAGGAUCAGUUGCCCGAACUGUACAAACACUUUUGCGAUCGUGGCGUAGAGACUCAUAUGUUCGCUGCACAAUGGUUUUUAACAUUAUUUACAGCCAGGUUUCCACUUUAUCUUGUUUUCCAUAUUUUGGAUGUGUUCCUUUUGCAAGGACUCGACACGCUGUUUCAAGUUGCACUUGCGUUGUUAACGUUGUGCAAAAAGGAAUUGCUUCAGUUGGAUUUCGAGAGUAUAUUAAAAUACUUUCGGGUGCACUUGCCAAAACGUUGUCGAAACGAAGAAGUCUCGCGCUACGUAAUGAAGUUAGCCUGUUCAGUUACAUUAAAGAAACUGAAGAAGUACGAGGCAGAAUUUAUGACGCUCAAAGAAGCACAAGAGAAUGCAGACGAGUACAGUAACGAGGUGGAACAGCUCAGGGGCACGGUGGCCCGAAACGAGGAAGAGAAACAGAGAUUGGAAGCGGAACUCGUCCAAGUGAAAGAAAUGCUGCAACGGGAAGUGGCCAGGGCAGACGCAGAGAACCGACGAAGCAAUGUUAUCAUUGCCGAGUACAAACAGAUCUGUCAACGUCUGGAGGACAAUUACAAUGCCGCGAAGACGAGCCUCAGUGUAUUAAGGUCGACGGUGUCGAAAUGCGAGAACUGCAGGACAUGCAUAGUGGAUUCGUCCAAUGUGCUAGCGGAUAUUUCCCAUCCGUUGGAGAACAGAAUAGACCCCACAUUGCACAGAGCCCAGGAGCGAGUACGCGAGCUGGAGUUGGAGUUGGCUCAAACGAAAUUGGCCCAUGUUGAGGCCGAAUGCCGAAAUCAGGAUCUAACGCACCAGUUGCACGCGACCGCUUCCGAGCUUCAAGCGGCCAGGAACAGCUGGCCGUGGCUCAGUAAGACACUUUCGAGUAUAAAGGAGGCUGCCAAUAAAAGGGAGGUGAUGACACCCUCGUUGAUGAAAGAUUUGAGACGGGACAGCGCGCCAGGCGGUGACAUGCAUCAUCUAUUACGCUCCCGUAACCGCGAUGCUCGCGACAAUCUGAAGGAAGUCGUGUGAUGCAGCGAAACGGCGGAAAAGAAGAAGGUCGUAUUCGACGAGAUGGGGAGCCGUUUCAGCCGCAAACUCGAACACGCAAUGUACGUCCACGAUUACACGUAGUAUUCUACUCGGUCUGUCGAGGGUAUACCACCCGUUCGUUCUACGGUAUACCACUCGUCGGAUUCCACACACGCGCUUGUUAGCGAAGCGGCAGCUUUAUCAUA